AUGGCGAACCCAGUGGGCGAAGAAAACUGGCUUGCCUACCUCGAAGAGAUCGUCCGAAACGCCUCCGACCUCGACCAGCGAGUCAAUGCUGUUGAACACUACAAACGCGCCGUCGGCUGUGAGCCUGGCAGUUUACGCAUUUGGCUCGCCUACUGCAACUACUUUUGGUCUCUGUGGGAAGCUACCCAGAUCCCUACUGGAGAAGGAUGGACCGACGAGGAGCGCAUGCUCGGCCGCGAACUGUUCUCGUUGAGCGCUGCUCUCGAGCUGUGGAAGCAAGGAUACGAAGCUAUUUGCUAUCGUCUUGGCGAUAGCCACUUGCUUUGGGAUCGCUGGAUAUCACUCGAGAUGGAGUUGCUAGCCAAGACUAGAACGCCCGAUGGUAUCAAGCGCAUCACUCAUCUCUACCGCAAUCGACUGCUACUAACGCCGCACCUCACCUGGGACGAGACUUCCCAAAAGUUUUCCACUUUCCUCACCGAAUACAACCCCUCUGCCUAUGAAGAUUCCAUGAAGGACAUCGUCACUAACGCCCAGGAGACGAAACGGUUGAUUGCAGCACGCGACCCAUACGAGGCUGAUCUGAAAAAAGCAGUAGAAACCAACGACAUCGAAGCCCAAAAGGCUGCCUUCAACACGUAUCUCGAAUGGGAAAUGCUUCAGAGUAAGCGUAGCAACGAUAGCCCUGAAAUUGGAAUCGACCUAUGCCGCGGAAUUUAUGCUCGUGCUCUCACCGGGGCCCUCGCUACCGACCAAAACACCUGGUACGAAUACGUUGUCUUCCUUUCUUCGUCCAACACCGAGCUCCAGGAGCCAAGUAGCCUCCUUGAUGUGCUCCAAAGAGCGGUUCAACAUUGUCCAUGGUCUGGUCUUCUUUGGAACCGUUACAUCAUGUGCGCCGAAGAGGCCAGGCUUCCUUUUGGCGAGGUCGAAUCUAUCAAACAUGCUGCGACAAGUGAAGAUCAGUUGCUCAAGGAUGGAAUGGAGGGCAUGAUCGAGAUGUACGUAGCAUGGUGCGGUUUCUUGAAACGCAAUGCCAUGGAUGCUACUGCAUCUGACGAAGCUGUUGAUGUUGCCGAUGUUGGUCUCGGCGCGGCCCUCGAGGACGUGUCAGUCGUUGGGCAGCGACUUUACGGCAAAGACUUCCAAGGCGACCCUAAAUUUCGACUGGAGCGUAUAUACAUCCAAUACCUCACUGAGAAGAAGGGCAAGGUAGAUGAGGCCAGAGCCCAGUGGAACAAGCUGGCCUCAAUGCAAAUCCACGCUGACAACCACGACUUCUGGUUCCGCUUUUACAUGUGGGAAAUGCUCAUUUUUUCAUCCACUGGAGGACAGGACAACAGAAGUCCCACGCCUUCGUCUGGGGGUGGCACUUACCGAAUACCAACAUUAGCGACAGCAGUUCUCGCCCGUGCCGUUGCUCGUAGAACAAUCGACUGGCCCGAGAAGGUGUUGGAGGUCUAUAUGCAACAUUGCAACGAUUAUGAAAUGCCGCUGCCUUUGCGAAAGGCUGCUGAUCGAGUGCACAAGACCGGAAAAGAAGUCAAAAGACGCAGGGAGCGCGAAGAACAAGAGAAAGCGGCGGCCUAUGCUGCCUACUACACUGUUCCUGAACCUGAAGAGCAGGUCCCGUCAUCGCCAGGUGGCUCCAAGAGGAAAAGGGACACCGAACCGGAAUUCACCGAUGGAAUUGAGAGCAGCAGCAAACGCCAAAAGAAUGGUCCCAAUGGGGUAGGACCUGAUCCUACUCCCGUAGCACAACCUCCGAAAAGGGAUAGGGAAAAUGCCACCAUAAUUGUCUCUGGUCUCCCUGCCGACGUUUCGCAAACCAAGGUCCGGCAAUACUUCAAGGACUACGGCCAUAUUAACAAUGUUACGGCAUUGGUGCGCGAUGAGAUAAACGAUUCCUCAACAGCGCUCAUUGAAUUCAGCUCACCCGAAGAAGCCCAGUCCGCCUUGCUAAAAGACGGCAAAUAUAUGAACCGGUCACAGCUGACCGUCAAAUCAGGUCACGAUCUGACUGUAUAUGUCACAAAUUACCCCCCUGCUGCGGAUCAAAACUAUAUCCGUGAUCUCUUCAGGGAUUGCGGUGAGAUCCUCAGCAUACGCUGGCCGAGUCUGAAGGUCAACGCCCACCGACGGUUCUGUUACGUUUCGUUCCGAGACCAAGAAGCAUCAGCAAAAGCUGUUGAACUGGAUGGUACGCUCCUUGAAAAGAGCUUCAAACUCGUUGCCAAGUAUUCCGACCCAGGACACAAAAAAGCUCGAGAGGGCGCUCUUGCGGAAGGUCGAGAAAUUCACAUUAGCAAUCUGGAUCGAUCGACAAGCGAGACAGAGCUGAAAGAUGUUUUUUCCAAGUAUGGCAAUAUCACACGGGUCAACAUCCCUACAACUCUGGCUGGAAAAAACAAGGGGUUUGCCUUCAUUGACUUUGCAACUACAGAAGAGGCUGCGAAAGCUGUGACGGAAAUGAACAAUACCAAGUUUAGAAGCCAAAUUCUCGCAGUCGCUCUCUCUAAAGAGUCCAGGAUCAAGCCAGCAGCCAAGACUAUUGUUACUGAUAAUGCCAGAGGUUCACCAGCACCUUCGUCUCAUGAUGUCGAUGGCGACCAAGCUAUGCAAGGUGUUGAGGUUCAGGCCAAACCAACUGCAGCGGAAAUCUCAGCAAAAACCAUCGCUCUGAUGGGUCUUCCUGAUACUGUAAACGAUGCGCGAAUCCGGUCGCUCGUCGAACCUUUCGGUGCGAUAGUCAAAAUGACGGCGAAGCCCGGGAAUGGCGGAGCCGAGAUCGAGUUUGCCGACGCAGCCAUGGCAGGCAAGGCCAGUCUACAACUAAAUAGCAUGGAGUUUGAAGGUCAUAAGCUCCGCACAGGCACGCCUGAUGAACUCCGAAAAUCGAAAGCAGAAUUUACCCCCGACCGUAUUAUCACGGGCAGAAAGAACAAGGAUCAGGAGCAUAAGUCAAAUGUUCCUGGUGCCUCAUCCACCAUGUUCAUACCCUCUGCAACUGCCGUACGUCGCCCAGUACUGGGGAAGCCUGGCCUGCGUCGUGGUCUUGGUUUCAAGCCCGGUAGUGCUAAGCCUACACAAAACGGCGAAUCUGACACAUCAGCCAAAAAGAGCAAUGCUGAUUUCAAGGCUAUGUUUCUUGCCAGUGGAGGGGGUAAAUAA